UUACCCAUCAUUUUCUAGUCAGUUGUCGUGUGGAGCACUCGCGCAUUUCCGUGAAUACAAAUGUACCUCUAACAUUCGUCUAAAAUGAAUCGAGUAGUUAUUUUUGCCGUUUUGUUAAACUGUUUUCAUAUCUACCAUGUUUAUACCGCGAAUCUACCAGGACCAUUAGUGUACGUUGUAACACCAUCUCCGCGACCGCCGCAAAUUGAUAUGGGAAGAUCAGCACCAUUUUACUACCACAAAUGGAUGAGCAGAAUGGAUACUCCACAAAACACAACGGUUACUACCACGACAACUGAGAGAACCAAGACUCCUGACUUGAUAUUCGCUGAGUUCGAAUCCGAUAACAACAAUAUGAAAUCAAUUCGAAAACUUCUUGAAAAAGAGAAAAUCAAAUAUAAAACGACCACAACGACUACUACGAGUACAACAUCGAGACCUAUCUACGUUCCCGAUGAAGAAGCAAGUAAUGACUCAAGUUACGGUUUACCAGCGCCGUCGACGGAGAAACCUGUUAACACUGAUAUGACUGACUAUUUUUCUUUGUAUAAUAAUUUGUAUAACUCCGGCCCAGUGUACGUGCCUUCAGUAGCAUCCCCGAGUACGGCACCGUCCCCAACUACCACCACGUCUACAACGACGACGACACAAGCGCCAGUGAAUAAUGUGGAAAAUAUUUGGCAUAUUAUUGACAGUCAGAAACAUGAUCAAUAUUCUGGUACAUGGGAAGAAGAACCUAUUAGUUCUGAACAAAACCAAGAUGAGGAUCAAAACAAAAGCAAUUCUGAAAGCGCUGACGUUCAGGAACAAGAUGAUAAAAGUGAAGACAAUAUCGGAAUUGACGACAACUUUGCCUUACCAGGAUUUGGUACUAAUCCCGGUAAUGGAGCCGAAAACGAAUCCAGGGCAAUCCGAACAGAACCUAACAUACGUUUUCCUUACAUAGACUUGAAACCGUUUCAAAUGAAAAAUAUGAAAAAGAUCAAUUCUUUUUCGAAUGGCAAAAAGGGGAACAAUAUGUUUAACUUAGACAGUUUUACUGACAUUAAAAAUCCAGUAAGAGGCGAAGUUCAAGAAUCCGCUGCUCCUGUACGACAACAGAUCGACCGUUAUAAUCCUGCUCAACCUUACUUGCCUCAGCCACCAACUUACGGAGCCAAAGCUAAACCAGCUCCUGCAUCAGCUCCACCGCCGCCACCACCACCACGUCCUCCACAGCCCUCUGGUCCCCCACCACGUCCAAUUAAUGCUGUUGCAAGUCUAGUACCUCCGCCACCCCCGCCUGCACCUCAACUAACAGCGGAUGAUUUCCCAACCCCAAGCACGUAUGAGUCCUUCCCGCCCUAUGCACCUUCAGCUCCAGCACCGCGUCCUGUUACUUCGUAUCAACCACCCAGUGACUCUGGUCCGGAUCUAUCUUCCAGCGAUAGUGAUGAUGACGGACCGCCUUCGGAUGUUGGGUACAGAUAUAAACCACCUUCUGCUCCUGCUCCUCCAUCACUGCCAUUUGUUCCUACAAUACCUCCUCCUAGCAAACCUUUUUCGGGAUACACCUAUAAUAAACCACAGAUGGCUCAAGAUGAUGGAGAUAGUAAGCCUGACUUCCAAGGCUACCAUUAUAAUAAGCCAGCUCCACCUUCACCGCCUCAAGAUGAUGGGCCUAGUUAUGGAAACGAUGACAGCCCACCGAUGAUGGACAGCAAACCCGACUUCCAAGGUUAUCAAUAUAGUAAACCAGCACCACCAGCGCCGCCACAAGAUCAUGGACCUACUUAUGACCACCAUGACGAACCACCUCCAUCAUAUCAACCAGACUAUCCAGAACUCAUCUUUGAUAAGCCGCAUGGAAGUUUGAAAGGUGGCGAUGCCAUGAAAGGCGGUGAUAUGGGAAUGGUGCCUCCUCCUCCUCCAGCCGGAGAUAUGAAGCCUGAUUCACACGACGCUCCUAUGGAUGAUCAUGGUUUUCCUCACGAUUUUCCCGGGGAUUUCAAAUUUCAUCAUGACUUUGAUGAGCAUGAUCACGACCACGACCAUUACCACUAUCAUCACCCUACGACGACAACUACAACGGAGAUGCCCCGUGUCAACCGAUACAGUUACUAUUACCUCGGGAAGAAGCUUUACUAUUUGCCUCUAUACUUUAGUGUGUACUUCAUUGUUUACGUAGGAGCUCUGAUCAUUAAGGCAGUACUGCGUCAUAAGAUUACUUAUCCUAACAGCUGGAGGCCGAACACUACUACAGCCAGUUUCUUCUCAAAGAGGUCAAUUGAAUCUCAUCUUUCUAAUGAGAAUCUCCACGAAAUUACAGGUAGAGUCACAAGAGCUAUUGCUAUGGCCGCUGAAAAGUAUGUUAGUGACAAAAGCAAAGACAAUUAGUCAAGGGUAUUGAACUGGGGGUAGACUUAAGAUAAAGUGUAUAAAUUGUAAUAAUAUAAUAUUUAUAGUUAAGGUUGUUGUGAACUGGGCACGUUUAAUGGCUAAUCAAUGUUCUUUCCUAUUUUUGAAUGUAGUUCAUUAUCACAACAAAAUGAUUUUUAAUUAGAAAAUUAAGUUCGAAAUA